AGCGUUUCGAUUGUCGCUGCCAAUUUGGCUGGGUUUGCAAAGUGAAGUUGCACGAGAGGGUGGACGGGGGUGUUGGAGACCGUGAGAGGCACCGGCAAAAACUGCUGGUGCACACAAUCAGGAUGCGACCGAGGAGUGAUACGAUUACAUCGAUUAUAUAUCAAGAUCCUCGAAGACGUAAUUCCAGUAUCAAGGACUCAUUUGCCCAAGAACUUUGAACGUUCCUUCCUAAAAGUGCGAAGCAUUCUUAGAAACGCACUCGUAACAAAGAAAAUAAGCGAGCAGAACCCGAAGGUGCAAGCUCCUAAGAAGGUCCAGCUGACAGCGAAAAGAUCGCGAAAAGGGUGAAGGGUAAAAGCAUCUAAGGGCGGGUGGGGGGAUGCAGCUCGAAAGGGUGGCGGCAUGGAGGAGCACUCGUUGGAGGCUCUCAUGCAGGCGAGUCUUAUCUUUGUGGUCGCCGUCGCCAUCAUCGUCUCGAAUCUUCUCAUCAUCGUCACCUACCUCAACUUCCGCGGUCCCUCCGAGGUGAUAAACUACUACUUGCUAUCACUUGCCUCGGCAGAUCUUCUAUGUGGUGUGUUAGUGGUUCCGCUCUCGGUGUAUCCAGCAUUAGUUCGAAGAUGGGUUUACGGAGACAUCGUGUGCCGACUCGUCGGUUACUUGGAAGUCACACUUUGGGCGGUAUCAGUAUACACCUUCAUGUGGAUCUCCGUGGAUCGCUAUCUGGCUAUCAGAAAACCGUUGAGAUACGAGACAGUACAGACAAAAACCCGAUGUCAAUGUUGGAUGGUCUUUACGUGGAUCAGCGUGGCGAUGAUGUGCUGCCCGCCUUUACUCGGUUUCAACAAGCCGAUCUUCGACCGCGAGGCCUUCAUCUGCAUGCUCGAUUGGGGCAACAUGGCCGCAUAUACCAUCACGCUGUCCAUUCUCGUGUUGGGACCGUCUGUCAUCACCAUCGUCUAUACAUACUUCUACAUAUUCUCCAUGAUGAGGCGACUAAAGUCCGGCGUUCUAAUCCAUGACAAGGAGUAUGCUACAGCGUUAUCGGAAAAUCUAAGCAAUCCGAGUCACAUUAUGUCCUUCGUCCUAGUAAUGGCUUUUUGGAUAUCAUGGGCGCCAUAUGCCGGGUUAAGGAUAUACACUGUUGUUAACGGAUCUCCUCAGGUGCCGUUUUUACAUUUUGCCGUGGUGUGGCUAGGAGUCACAAACAGCUUUUGGAAAGCAGUUGUGCUCAGCACAUUAAGCCCCCAAUUCCGGUUGGCCGUGCGAGUGCUCUGUCUCACCAUAUGCUGUCGGCACAGGCGACUUCCGCCGGAACUCCUCGGCCUCGACGACGACGACUAAUGUCACAUCGACUAUGUCUACGAGCAGCAACGCUUAUGUCGCAUUCUGUUCUAUCCACGACGCGUUCUUAAGAAGUCGCUUUCACCUCAAGGAUCAUUCUCGCAUCUUGGCACCACUCGCAAAAGUUUCUUAAAGCUUCGCGUUCUAAUACAGAAAUGAAUAAAGAUCGCGAUUCAUAAAUAUAUCAAUAUUGGCUCUUAGUUUAUAUAGUGAUUUAAAUAUUAAUAAUUAAUGAUUAUUUAAAUAUUAAUGAUACAAAGAUAUUAAUGAUUUAAAUAGAAAUAAAAAGCUUACAUUUAGUGGCCAAUUAACAAGAUGAAUAUUAUGUGAUACAAAAAAAAGAA